CUCACAGCCACAGCUGGCUUCUCUCUCAGAGGAGAGUGUGAGGAGCAGGAAGCCUUUUUCUCUCUGCCUCCUCCCCAUAGCACCUGGCAGGGGCUUAGCAGACGUGAGGAGCGCGAAUGGGCAGAGCAGAAUCUGUAGAAGGGAAGAUGAGAGCCCAAGAUCCUUCAGAUCUGUGGAGCAGAUCAGACGGAGAAGCUGAACCACUCCAGGAUUUGGGGUGGUAUCACGGCGACCUCACACGCCACGCGGCCGAGGCCCUUCUCCUCUCAAAUGGAUGUGACGGCAGCUACCUUCUGAGGGACAGCAAUGAAAAGACCGGGCUGUACUCUCUCUCUGUCAGAGCCAAAGACUCUGUCAAACACUUCCAUGUUGAAUAUACAGGAUAUUCAUUUAAAUUUGGCUUUAAUGAAUUCUCAUCUUUGAAGGAUUUUGUCAAGCAUUUUGCAAAUCAGCCUUUGAUUGGAAGCGAAACAGGCACUCUGAUUGUUCUGAAACAUCCCUACCCAAGAAAAGUGGAAGAACCCUCUAUUUAUGAAUCCGUUCGGGUUCAUACAGCAAUGCAGACAGGAAAAACAGAAGAUGACCUGGUUCCCACUGCGCCUUCUCUGGGCACCAAAGAAGGAUACCUCACCAAACAAGGGGGACUGGUCAAGACCUGGAAAACAAGAUGGUUCACUUUGCACAGGAAUGAACUGAAAUACUUCAAAGACCAGAUGUCACCAGAGCCAAUUCGGAUCCUAGACUUAACAGAAUGUUCAGCGGUACAAUUUGAUUAUUCACAGGAAAGAGUAAACUGUUUUUGCUUAGUAUUUCCAUUCAGGACAUUUUAUCUCUGUGCAAAGACAGGAGUAGAAGCUGAUGAGUGGAUCAAGAUAUUACGCUGGAAAUUGUCUCAAAUAAGAAAACAGCUUGACCAAGGGGAAGGCACAAUCCGAUCUCAGUCGUUCAUCUUUAAAUAGACCUUCCUGGCAAGGGAUGCCCCAACCCAGGAGCUAGGUUGUAUGAUCCCUGAUGCUGUGAUCCAUAGCAGGCUGCCAAUGAAAGCUGAUAAGGAUUUUUCUUUAGAAACAAGUCAAAAGCAGGUGCAAAUUUGGACCUUUCAGGACACACAUUUGCUGACUCAUGGAAAACUUCUACCCUUCAAGAUGUUGGCACGUCCUUGAGAAUACCAAAGCCUCAUCGCCUCAUUGUUCUGGGGGAGACAAGAGGGCAACACCACCCCCUGGUGUGCUCACUCUUAGAGAAUGCAAUGUAUGAUAAAGGGAUUUUGUUUCCCCUCGCUGGCUGACGUUAGCUGCCCAGAGUUGUGCUCUGUGUCACAGUCAGCUCCUCUGGCAUGCAGGUUGUGCUCUGAACCAGGAAGGAAGCAGCUAUGUACUUUGGGGCUUAGACUGCUUCCUCAGAAAGCAUGCAGACAUCCAAGAUUUGGGGCAGGGGGCAGGGUUGCUAGGCUUUUCUCCUCUUAAUACGAAAAACAGAACAAUUUCCAAAACUAAAAUGGGAAUUGUUUGCAGUAUUUGUUUUCUGUUUGUAAAAGGCUCAUAAAACUGGUGGGUCCUUCCUUCCCUUCUAAUGAUACACCUAUGAGAACUAAAUGUCCUAUGCUUGACCAGGUGGGAUGACAAAGAUAAAGGAAUGUACAAUCUAAGAAACAUCUCCUUGAGUCAUUGUGGGGGAGAUGUUUUAAAAAGUGAGAAAAUAUAAAUUGAAGAGUAACAGAGUAGUAGAUAACCUAUAGUUUAAUAAUAACAAUAGUAGUAGUCUUUAUUAUUACAACUGUAAUAAUAAUAGAGCACUUGUGAGCACUAAGUUAUCUUCAUCCAACA